AUGUUUCUCCGCUGGCUCCUUUCUCGCAUCUUUGCGCUUCUUAUUCCAUUCGCAGUCACCGCCACUGUUUACCUCUAUUUAUACCCCGUCUUCAAUGGCUGCGCCUUUCCACAACCACACACCCAGGCUUUGCAGUCUGACGGAACCCAGUUCCUAAGAUCGCUACAUGGGAACCCCGUGAUCAACACACUCUUUCAGCACCUCGGCGUUCCAGCCCUGGAAGCAGACAGCCAACCCGCAAUCUUCAGACUCUUAGUCCUCGCGGACCCUCAACUGGAGGGCGACACUUCCCUCCCAUUCCCCGAAUAUGAAUUAUACCCUCGCAUGCAGACCCAUUGGCGCGCCGUCCAAGAAUCAAUCGGCAAUGCCUCCAUCUCAUCCCAAACCCCACCAUUCCUAUCCCUCCUAAACGACCACGUCCGCUCGAACAUCACAACCGGCCUCCGAACCCUGAUCUCCGAAGACAUUCCUCGUGCGUUCAAGUCAGGCUUCAAACGCCUAGACCUCUUCGGCAACGACUACUACCUCGCACACAUCUACCGCACCCUCUUCUGGUGGACAAGACCCACGCAUACCACUGUCCUGGGUGAUCUUGUUGGAAGCCAAUGGAUCUCAGACGAGGAAUUUGCGCGACGGGGUCAUCGGUACUGGAACCGGGUAUUUCGAGGCGGUCAGCGCAUCGACGAGAACAUCACCAGGACCGGCGCCGUGGGCUGGAGCCAGAGCACAGAUGACCAGGCGGCCCCGGUAGAUUAUCUCGAACGCACGAACUCAUCUUGGGCAAGGCGGUUGAUUAACAUUGCGGGAAAUCAUGAUAUUGGUUAUGCGGGUGAUAUCAGCGAGACACGCAUGGAACGCUUCGAGCGUGAGUUUGGUCGCGCGAAUUGGGACAUCCGGUUUGAACAUCCGCCUGUUCUGCGCAAUGGCAGUUCCGUGUCUGGUGAGGAUGAGGUUGUAACGCCAACUCUGCAUCUGAUCAACCUCAAUACUCUGAUGUUUGAUACCCCGGCGCUCUCUUCCGAUGUUCAGAGCAACACCUAUUCAUAUCUCAAUGAGUUGAUUGCGAAUCGACUCUCGCCGGUCGAGGACCGGUCGGAGUUCACUCUUCUUCUCACGCAUCUUCCUCUUCACAAGGAAGAAGGUAUCUGCACCGACGGUCCGUAUUUCUCUUUCCGUGACUCGGACGAUGACGACGGGCCAGAUGGUGUGCCGCGCUGGCUCGACGGCGGCCUCAAAGAGCAGAACCAUCUCAGUGACUUUAUUAGUUCCGGCGGUGUCCUACAAGGCAUCUUUGGAAUGAGCGGUGAUGAGAAUGCAGCUGCCGAAGGCAGAGGUCGGAACGGACUCAUUCUGACUGGACACGAUCAUGCUGGCUGUGAUGUGACCCAUUACAUCAACCGCACGGCCAAGGAACCCGUCGAAGACGAUUCGAAAGAAGAGCAGGAGCUCGAUGCUGAAAGUCCCGCACAGCAGUGGCACUGGGCUGCUGAGCGUUUCAAUGGCGAUCACCAUAUUGAAGAACCUUCUAUCCGGGAGGUCACUCUUCGCUCGAUGAUGGGAGAGUUUGGCGGUAACUCUGGUCUUCUUUCGGCCUGGUUUGAUGUUUCGCGCGGCGAGUGGGACUAUGAGAUUACCAUGUGUCCUGCUGGGGUGCAGCAUAUAUGGUGGGCUAUUCACGUUGUUGUACUCGUGACGCUAAUCGUGGGUCUACUUUGGUUCUUGACCACGUUGGUUGGCUCUGGCGAUGUUGGAACGAAACCAAUAAAGACUUCCUCUCAGGUUCCAUCAAAGGUUCGACAAGAGAAGGCUGGUGGGCGAAGUGUACAUAAGACAUGA